GUGUGAGCAGCUGCCGGGUCGGUGCCUUGAGAGUCAGAGUCGCGGUCGGAUUCACUGAGACACCGAGACAUUGAGACACUCAGAGCAGCCACAGGUGCCAUGUCAGAGCCAACCCCGGAUGCCCGUCAGAUCCCGUGCAGCAGCAGGGUGUGCCGCCGCCUCUUUGGCCCAGUGGACAGCGAGCAGCUGCACCGCGACUGCGACAUGCUAAUGGCAGGCUGCAUACAAGAGGCCCGUGAGCGGUGGAACUUCGACUUUGUCACCGAGACACCACUGGAGGGCAACUUUGCCUGGGAGCGCGUGCGAGGCCUCGGCCUGCCCAAGUUCUACUUCCCUGCAGGGCCCCGAGGGGGCCGGGAUGACUUAGGAGGGGGCAAGCGGCCCAGCACCUCGUCUGCCCUGCUGCAGGGGACAGCUCAGGAGGAUCAUGUAGACCUGUUGCUGUCCUGUACUCUCAUGCCUCACUCCCCCGAGCAGGCCGAGGGAUCCCCGAGUGGGUCUGGAGCCUCUCAGGGCCGAAAACGGCGGCAGACCAGCAUGACAGAUUUCUACCACUCCAAACGCCGGCUGAUCUUAUGCAAGAGGAAGCCCUAAUCUGCCCACUGGAGGUCUCACACUCCUGGAAACAAAGGGGCCCGGAAGACCCCUUCCAUAUCUUCUGCCUUUAGUCUUUCAGUUUGUGCAUCUUAAUUAUUAUUUGUGUUUUAAUUUAAACUCCUCAUGUACAUAUCUUGCCUUCCCUGCCCCCCCAGCCUCUGGCAUUAGAAUUAUUUAAAAAAAAAUUUAGGCAGUAGAAUGAUAGGCUCAACAGAGUGCUGGGUAUUUUUAUUAUAUGAAAUAUUAUUUAAAGCCUCCUCAUCCUGUGUUGUCCUUUUCCUCUCUCCUGGAGGUAAGGGAGGGCUGGCUUCAUGCCAGCUAUGUCCUCCCCCACUGUCACCCACCAGGUAGUUCUCUGCAGGGGCCUGGCUCCCUCCUCUCACUGUCUCAUGGAUAUUAUGAAAUUCCUCCCCUUUCCUGGAUUCUCAGACCUGAAUUCCCUGUCAUUUGAGAAGUAAACAGCACUUUGACAGGGGCCCAGCUGAGUGGGGGCAUCAUCAAAAACUUUGGAGUCCCCUCACCUCCUCUAAGGUUGGACAGGGUGACCUUGAAGUGGGCACAGCCUAGAACAAGGCUGGAGGCUUGACACCCUCUUGUCCUUGGUACCCCUCUAGAUCCUAUGAAGGCAGGGGAAAGGUGGGGUCCUAUAGCAAAUCGCCUCUCCCUGCCUUCAUGCUCCCUGUGCCACCCGCUAGGGGGUCUGCGUCAGUGUCUGGUCUUCCACCCUGUUGGCUUCUGUAUUUUUCUAGGAGCCCCAGCUGCCCCACUUUGCAUCUGGGCUCCCAAGUCCCCUCUGCUGCUCCCCCUCCCCCAUGUCCUUCCCUCCAGUACCCUCUCGGCCCUGGGUGGCAGCUCUGGGUAUCUGUCCCCCCCGCAACUCAGUGGACUGGAAGGGGAAGGAACACAAGAAGUAGGCCUUCUAGUUCUACCUCAAGCAACUCUGGGGGUGGGGGCCUUGGUGGUCAGACAGGCCUCCUGGAGUGGGGGUCUCUCUCUGUGUUAGGGGUGUGUGGUGGGGGGAGUGGAUCUUUCUAGAAGGGAGACUCCAGCCCCUGGAAGUCAUCCACUGACCUGCCUCAUCCACCCCGUCCCUCCCCAUUUCAUUGCACUUUGAGUAGCAGGUGAACAAGGAGUCAGGCCUUGUAAGAUGGCGGGAGUAGAGGCUGUGGACAGGGCACACCAAGUGGACUAAUAUGGGACAGGGAGUUGUCUUUCCUGGCACUGAACAUUGAGUCCCUGGAGGUAACAAAGCACUUAGUGGGUCUGACCCCAAACAUGGUCCCACUCCUGUAACAUCCUGGCCUGGACUGUUUUCUCUCUGUUCCCCAUGUGUCCUGGUUCCCCUGUCUCUCCACUCAGACUGUAAACCUCUCAAGGGCAGGGACCAUGCCCUGUCCUACUCUGUGUCCUUCACAGCUCUUCUCACAGUGCUGGGUAUACAGAAGGUGCUCAAUAAAUAUUUCUUGGUGACUUUA